CUACAUAUAUAUAUAUAUAUGCACAGUUGUCAUAAUAUGAGGAUUUUGAAAUACUCUUUAAAAUAUUUGCAAUGGUUCAACAGCCCACACACAUACUGUAGAUAAGAUGGACACUAUUUGAUUUCCAAUCUUUAUUAACUGGAAACAAUGAAGGCUGAAAUGCAUACAAACAAACUAUUAGUAAACUCAAUAAUAUAAUAAAUGGAAAAAUAUGAAAUACACAACAAAGAACUAGAUUAUGAAAUACUGAUAUAUGUAAAUAAAUGAAAGUCACCUCAGGUAUAAAAAGUCCUGCACACCUCCUAUCAGGGUGAAGUCCAGUGUCUGAGUGAUUCACUAUAUACACAGUGUGCAUAUAGAGAAUGACAUGUUCUCCAGAAAGGAAUUUCAAGCCAUUUUACUUUGGAGAAGAAAGACUUAGCAACAGAUAUUCUGAUGGAGUUGACACAUCCAAUUUUUCAUCCACCACUGGGAACUUCAAAAAGAGUAAAGCUGAGUAUGAGGAGGACUACCCAGGUUUUGAUCUAAUUUUUGGUAAAGAAAUGGCUGUUUAUUUGAUGGGCAAGUUGGACACCAUGGAUUAUAUACCUUCUGGUUAUCAACACACCUUUCUGAUAAGAAACCCAAAACAGGCAACCCCAGAUCUGUACAAGUGUCUAACUGAUAAAGAGAGAAAUGGGUGUGAUCAUUUUGACAAACUGGAAGCCACCUAUAAACCCAUACAUCAAUUGUUCCAUUUGAUCAAGAAAGAAACUGGCCAGACCCCAGUGUUGAUAGAUGCAGAUGAUCUUUUGAAUGAUCCAGCUGGCAUUGUGAAAAGGUACUGCUCAUUAACAGGGAUAGAAUUCGUCCCCAGUAUGUUACAGUGGGAAGCAGGCUCCACCAAGGACACUCACUGGCACCGUUGGCCUGGGUGGUACGAGGAACUGACAACAAGCACAGGGUUUAAGAAACUUGAAGAGGUAUCAUCUCAGAAACCACCUGACCUGAAUGAUUUACCAGUAGAGGUGCAGGAAAGCAUACAAGAAAACAUGCCUUUGUAUGAGGAACUUAAAGAAUACAGAAUUCAAGUAUGAAAGCAGGUUUAAUUUUUUUUGCUUGCCAUAUGAUAUAAGUGCAGUUAAAUUUUAGUUUAUGUUGCACUAUUACCACUCACAUGUAUACAUGCAAGUGAGGAAUUUCUACAUGUGUGAGGAUGGUAAUGUCAACUGGAGGGUGCUUAAAGGAAUUUAUUUAUUUAUUUAUUUAUUAAAUCUUUAUUUUAUGAGUGUAAAAUUACAGUAUAUCUAUAAUUGAUCUUUCCAAUGGUCAUCAUAAGGCAUGAGGGUAUUUUGUUUAAAAUGAUAUAGUGCAUUACACAACUUAAAUGUGUCAAUUGUUUGAACUUUGUUAAAUUGUUGAAAUACAUCGAAAUUCAAGCUCAUGCAUGGAGCUCCAUGAUGUCAAGAGAUAGUAAUUAUUAAAUGUAAGUUAUAUUGGAAAUGUGUUAAGAUGCAGUGCCGAAAACAUUUUAGGUAAAGUUAACAUUGGUCUUGAAAGAAAAGGAAUUUAAAAUGUAAUCAAUAUCAGUUUUCAUGGAAUCUUUUAUACUGUUUAAAUAUAAGAAUUGCAAAAAAUAGUAACAUAUUUUGGUAAUCUCUGAAUAGAAUUUCAAAAUAUCAAGUAGUUGCUGUUUAGGCAACAAGAUAUUUCUCAAAAAAGAUAAGUUGCAACUUAUAUACCAUACUUGUUUAAAAUAUAGUAUAUGCAUCCUUUUAAGCAUUAACCUCUAUCACAUUUUAGUGAUUAUAUUUUGAAAGUUCAAGAGGCAUUUGAUCACAACUGCUUUUUACUUUUUCUUUUUACAUUUGGCCAGCCAAGCUCUUGGUUUUUUAUAUUAAUUUUGUUAAAAUCUCAUUUAAUUAUAUAAAUGACAGUGUGUUAAAUUUCUUCUCAGUGUUCUGAAUAUUUUUAUACCUGAAAUUGCUUGAAAAU